AUGUUGUUUAAUAAAUCCCAAAGUACAGGGUAAUUUCGUUUACAACUGGCAUCUACUACAAGUAGAUCGAAUUUCAAUACUAAAGUACUAAGUCCAAAAUUCACUCAAAGUUUCAGGCCUAAAGAAAACAUAGAACUUAUAGAAAUAAAGAAUAAUUUUCCAUAGAGAGAGUUGUUUUUUGAGGUUCAGAGACUAUGGGAUGAAAAUUAAAUACCUGAGAUUCAUUAGAAAUAUUACUACUUUAUUCUUACUUCGAAUAUUGCAUCUUAAGAAUAUUUGAUGAGAUCAGAAAUAGAAAGUUAUAAACUAAAUGGCAGUAUCAUCAAGACUUUACAUCAAUUAACUAUCAGCAGAGAGAUCUGUUUAAAAGAGGCAUUAGCAAUUGAAUAGAGCGAGAACAUUAUUGAAUUCGUAUGCCUUAUUUCAAAUUACAUUUAUGAUCUAAGAAAAAUUACGUUAAAUCUCAUAGAGUAUUAGAGAAAAUGGGUGAAUAAAUUGUAUAUCUAAUAUGCCUACAACUACUAAUGGAUUUAUCAAGGAGAGAACUAUGUGAUGAAAAUCAAAGAUGAUCAUAAGUUGCUAUUUUAGAAGCAUCCUGUAUUGAUGAAAUUUUUCCAUAUCAGCGAAAGUGUGGAUGACAUAUUUUAUUUAGGAGUCAUUAACUAAGCUUAUGAGAGGGAUUUAGAAUAUUUUGAUUAUUUAACAAAACACAAACUUGAUCAAAAAUACUUAAAAAGAAUCAAAGAACUACAAACUUACGUAACAGUUUAAUUUACAUGUAAACAAUCUGAAAAUAAAAUUAAAACCUUCUUAUAAACGAAAACAAAUUUCCUAAGUACUAAAGAAUUGUAAAGUGCUUAACAAACAUCUAGAAAAGCCAGUAUAACUAAGCUGUAAAUAGAAUUGCCUCCUUUACCUGAAUAUAGAAGUCAACUAAUUUAUAAAUCAGAUGAUAUUUAAUUUAUAAUUAAGGAUUGGCCCAUUAAAGACAUUCCAUAAAUUUUGAGUUUUUGGCUUUCUACUAAUUUUGAAGAUUUUCAUAAAAGUUUCUUAUAACCUUCUACGUAUAUACAAGAAACCUUAAGUUAUGGUUAAGAGGCAAUAAUGCUAUAAAUAUCUGAUUUAGGAAUUAUGUUGGCGAGUGUUGAAUAGGAUUGUAAUAUUAGGAAAUGGGUGAUUCAUUUGAUAGUUUGUAAAGAAUAAAUAUUUGACAAAAUCAUCCAUCAUUUCAUUAAAAUGUUGAUAAGCAAUGGGGAUUCUUUUGAACAAUUGGGUAUCAAUUUGACUUUAUUGGAAUGUUUUGAGUACAAUCUUAAAAUACUCAAUUUUUAUUUUUGUAAAAUCAUAACAAUUGAAAAUCUUAAGGUUAAUUACACUUAGUAUGUUCUUGAUAUUAAAAGGACAGAAUAAGAAUAAUAAAGCAUGUCAAUCAUUUAUGAUCCUAUUUGUUUUAUUUAUGCUCGAAUAAUAUCUAGGAUAAAAAAACUAAUAUUAAACAGCGAUGAGGAGACAAUGGAGGCUUAGUUCUGUGCUAAUCUAGGAAAGUCUAAUUUGAUUGCGUUUGAUGAGAAAACCUAAGAAAUAGCAAAAAAUUUAAUUAAACAGAAGAUAUAUGGAUCAUCAUUUUAACAAAUAUAAAAUAUUAAGGAUGUGACUAAAGUUUGUCCUAGAUUUAAAUCUCCAAUUAAAACUCCUGUGUAUUUAUAGUAUUUCAAUAUGAACUUGCAAUUUAUGGUAUUUUCAUCAGAGAUUCACAAACAAACGCAACAACCAUACAUACGUUUUCCAUCAAGAUCCAAAGCUAGUUUAGAUGAGGCAUCAUUAUUGUAAUUGUCAAGCAAUGAAGGAAAUAGCUUACGUAAAGUAUAUCUAAUAUCGACAACAGAUCCUUUUGUAAAAAUAUAUGUUUUUGAAUUGAAAAAUGAUGAGGUUAGUUUGGAUAUCCCAACAGUUGUGAAUGAUAUUUUUGAGAAAUAUGAUUAAAAGAGUCUAUCAUAAUACAACAUAUGGUUACCCUUUUUUAGGAGUAUUGGUAAUAGAUAGAAUUUAACAAAUUGCAAAUUAUUAUCUUAUUUUACAAGUGAAGCAUUUUUUGAAAUAAAUUUUCCAAGAAUUGGAAUGAAUAGUGUUAAUUAUAGUUUUGAAGGAGAGAAAUUGAUCAAUUUUCCUUUUAUUGUAGGAAUCGUAUAAUCAGAUUUGGAUUAGAUCAACAAACCAAUAUUUUCUAUGUUAGUUCAAUAAGAGGAUAUUAUUAAAAAAUGUGAACCUAUGCAAAUUGCCAAAAAAAUGGAGAGAGAUUAUGAAAUAUUGGUGAUGCAAAUUAAUCCCAAGGAUGUUGAACUAAGAGUUAAGGAAAUAGUGAGAUUUUCAUGUCCAAUCACUCAGGAUUCUUUUGAGAAGGAUCCACAAAAACUAAUUGAUAUUAUGUAUUAUUAGCAAGAGGCUUGUGUGUUACAAUUUUUUGUAGAAAACUUAGUUCAAGGCUAUUGUAUAAUGUAUGUAGAUUAAAAUAAGAUUCAUGAAAGAGUAUGGAUCGUAGAAAUAGUUUCAUGUAAAUCUGAGUGUUUCUUUGAUAUAUUCUUAACUCAAAUAGUAGAUUUGGUUUUUGGACAGGAUUUGUCUGCUUCAGAAAUAUUAAUAGCAUAAUACCAUUAUCCAUAGAACAAUGGACAGAUUAUGGCAAACAAAUACAUCUCGGAAGCGAUAAAGAAAGUUGGGUUCAAAUGGAGGAUAGUAGAGAAUGAUUAUAAAACUCAAAUAAGGAGGACUAUAUUUACAAUAAAAAGAUCGAAUUGUUAUUAACCUAAAACAGAGCACAAUAUUUCUAUUAAAUUUAAUUCAUAUUACUCACUCUAAUAAUCUGAAGCUAGAAAUGAAGAAUCCAACACUCUAAGUUAUCUCAAGACUAAAACUGUAUUUUAGUUUGCUGAAGAUUGUUUUCACUACAAUCUUCAUAAACCCUAUGAGCAAAAUCAAUUCAUUAUUGAAAAGGUAAAGAAUAAUUUAGCAUCAUUGCCCAUGACUUAGUUCGCUGAAUUCAAAAGUGAGGAAGAAGUGCAUAAAUACUUUGAAAAAUUAACGUCCUAACCCUCCAUUGAUCCUAGACAUACUCAAGUGAUGGCCCAGUAUACGAAUGUUCAAUUAAAGUGGUUAAGAUCAAGAGAAAUCAUCAUAGAAGGAUCAAAAUACAUUGAAGUACCCAAUGAGUAGAAUUUCAUCUAUGUUUCCACUUUUCCUAAAAUGAAUCGUAGAAUUUACUAUGUAAAAUUGUUCAAUCCAGGAUAUUACUUUUUUGCAAUGGAAGUAGCUUACAACUAAAUUGAUGCCAUUCGAAAUGACUAUGUCAGAUUUACCGAUAGAAUCAACUAAGAAUUCUAUAAUAAAUAGCCAUAAACCUCGUCUGAUCUCUACAUACCUUAAUUCUAAACGUGUCUAACAAUAAGUGAACCAAAUCCCAAUUGGUCAUUUGUUAAUUUCUCUUUGAUCUACAAUCACACAAUCACUCAAAACAUCAUUAAAGAUUUAGGUAAUCGAACUAUACGAAUGCAAAUGCCUAUCUUAGCAGGGAUCAUCUAAGAAGACAUAAGCUUGAGAUAUGAGAAACCAAUAGUGGCAUUUGUUGCCUCUGAAUAUAUUGAUUGA